AUGGAAGAGGAAAACAUAAAGGAGCAUGUUGUAGAUAUUGUGCUGUGCUUCGAUUCUCCUUAUUUCGAAGAUUUUACCAAAAUAUUAAAUCCUGAAUAUAGCUUGUCUAAGCGAACUACAUUGGCAACAUUAAUCUUGAAUGUAGAAGCAGCAAAUGUUUUAGACCAAGAACCUCAAAUUUUUGAUCAUGCAAGUGAUGUAAAAAAUUUAAUUAAUGAUCGUCAAUUUUGGAUUGACAUAGAGCAAUUGUGGAAUAUUCUCAGGCUGGUAAAAUGCACUGUGAUGGAUGUAGAGUUUCGAACUACCUUAUUGGCAGAUGUAUUUAUUGAACUAGUCAAAAUGGCAAUUGCAAUUCAAGAAAUAUUUAAAGCAUUAGAAAUAUGGAAGAAAUUCAGUAGUGGUCGAACAAGUGCAGAUCUUCUAAAAACUCAAAUGAAUCUUAAAAGAAAUGAAGAUCAUAUUAAAAAACUUGCUCUAAAAAUACAUUCUAUUUCCCCUCAUAAUGCUGCCUGUGAGCAUAUCUUUAGUAUACUAGAAUGGUAUUUUGGAAAGAGACAAACUAGCGAGAAAGAUUUCUUUUCUGUUUUGGAAGAACUUACAAAUGAACUGAUAGAAGAGAAAAAUCUUUUGGAAGGGCCAGAUGAUAUAGCUGGUAAAAAUUCGACAAAUUUGAAGGUUGAAAAUUUUAUAAAUUUAUUGUCCAAGUUAGAACAUAGUGAGUCUUCAGGUGCAACUGAAGAAAUUGUACAUGGAAACAAAGAUUUUGAUGUAAACGAUCUACUUUAA